AAGGGUUAUUCCUGGCUCUGCACUUAGGAAUUACCCCUGGUGGUGCUCAGGGGACCAUAUGAGAUGCUGGGAAUCGAACCCGGGUUGGCAGGUUGCAAGGCAAAUGCCCUACCCGCUGUGCUAUCGCUCCAGCCCCUAUACUUCAGCUCUUAAGUGACACUCGCCCCGUGCUGACACUCACCACAUUUCAGUUUUGGCUGUAAGCCUUAAUCGGGGAUAGGAUUUAACAUUGGGAUGAAGUUUGGUUGCAUCACUCAGUCUGUAGUCAUGAACAGCAAGAAAGAGGUGGAGCUUGUGUAUGCAGCAUCAGGGGGAGGAAUUGCUUAUGUAACUGGGACAGCAGUUUUAGCAGAAGGAGAGGAGGCACAGGCUGGGGAUGGGAGCAGUGAAUUGUCGGCAGGGGCAACACGCCCAGGGACCUACUUCUCAUAAGGGUGGCAACAUCAAGGGCCCUUUGGUCAGAGGCUGGAGAUGCCUUUGGUCAGGUAUAGGAACCACCAGAUCAGGUCUGGAAGAGCUGUGGGUACUACAAAGGCAUCGAUGUCUGCACCAGGAGUCCUUGAAGCCAUCCCCAUCACCAGUAGAGAAGCCUCUGUCAGAGUGGCCAGUGCCUCAGUUCAACCUCUUUCUGCCUGAGUUUCCCUUUAGGCCCCGCAGGGGGCAGCAGCAGCUGAAGAUUUUAGGCCUUGUGGCUAAAGGCUCCUUUGGAACUGUCCUCAAGGUGCUAGAUUGUGGCCAGAAAACACUAUUUGCAGUGAAGGUGGUGCCCAAGGUAAAGGUCCUACAGAAGGACAUCCUGAGGCAGUGCAAAGAGGAAGUUAGCAUCCAGCGACAGAUCAGUCAUCCUUUUGUACACAGUUUGGGGGACAGCUGGCAGGGCAAACGGCACCUCUUCAUUAUGUGCAGCUACUGCAGCACAGAUCUGUACUCCCUGUGGUCUGCUGUUGGCUGCUUUGCUGAGGCUUCCAUCCGCCUCUUUGCUGCUGAGCUGGUCCUGGUGCUGUGCUAUCUCCAUGAUUUGGGCAUCAUCCACCGAGAUGUGAAGAUGGAGAAUAUCCUUCUGGAUGAACGAGGCCAUCUGAAACUGACAGACUUUGGUCUGUCCCGCCAUCUGCCCCAGGGAACCCGAGCUUAUACUAUCUGUGGUACUCUUCAGUACAUGGCGCCAGAGGUUCUGAGUGGAGGACCUUACAACCAUGCUGCUGAUUGGUGGUCCCUGGGUGUCUUGCUUUUCUCGCUGGCAACUGGAAAGUUCCCAGUGGCUGCAGAGAGAGAUCACGUGGCUAUGUUGGCAAGAGUGACCCGCUGUGACACUGUGAUCCCAGAUUCUCUUAACCAGGGGCUCUCCCUCCUGCUCCAUGAGCUCUUAAGCCAGAAUCCCUUCCACCGUCUACGUUAUCUGCAUCACUUCCAGCUCCACCCUUUCUUUCGAGGUGUGGCCUUUGACCCAGAGCUCCUACAAAAGCAGCCAGUGAACUUUGUCAUGGAGACACAAGCUACUCAACUCAGUCCAUUGGAGUCCAUGCUCUUCAAAGAUUUUGACUGUGACUUUGAGUCCUGCCUGGUCUACCCGAGUCCUGCUUGAGAUCCCUGUACUGUAUACUGGGAACAACUGGUAGCCUGAAGAUCUUCUGCACUGCCAACUUGCUCUCUUGAUGUCACUUUGAUGUACCAGUUUAUUUUCAGUUUGUAACCUCAUAUAGUUCUUCUAGACAUUGAAUCAGAUUUCAAAUCUUGGGCUUUCUACUUCUGGCAGCCACAGUAAACUCUCUGCUUAUCCCUCAGCAUACAACCUACCUCUUAAUUCAGAUUAGAGUGGUCACCUUUCCUUUGUUUCAUCUCUCCAGUUCAUACCCUGAAGCUUUCCACCAAAGGCAUCCUCCACUUUCCCUUUCCUUAUGUCUGUCCAGUUUUUUUUCUUGAGCAAUAGUAGGUUAGGUUCCCAAGGUUUAGUUUGUGUUUACUAAACUUGGAUUUUGAAGUCUCAAAAGCUGGUAUUCCAACCCCAUACAUGUAGUUAAAAACAUCCAGGGGCUUAAAGACAGCAUGUAAUAAAGUUUUUUAAAAAUUU